GCGACCCGACGGGCUUGCUGUUGCCGGGCAACAAUAAUUUCCGUCCCUGAGGUCAGGGGCCAAGGCCCCCUGGCGCAAAGCCUUCUGGGGCUUGUAGUUCCAGCUUUGGGGAGUGAGGCACAGAGCCACGGUCAGGCACCCUUUCCACCCGCCUGCCCUCGCCGCCCGGCCGGUCUCUGGGGUCAGCGCCAGGUCCACAGGUCCGGCCCCUCGCUCCGCUCCCCGAAAGCAACCGUCGAGGAGUGUCCAGUGAUGGCAGACCAGUGCCUGGUACCACACUAUGAGGCUUGCCAGACCCUGGGUGAAGACAAGUGCCCAACAGUCCAAGUCUCAGAGCCAGAGCUCCAGGAGGAACGACUCAAGCUGAAGGAAGAGAGGCUCAAGCCAGAGGUGGAGUCACUAGAGGAGAGAGGCCCUCCCAGGCCUAUGGCCUCCAUUGUGAGGCCCAGUCCUGGUCCGAAGAGGAAGCCAGUCAACCUCCCAGGGCCUAGCCACCAAGUCCAUCCCAAAGCUGAAGCUGAGAUGCCACAGGGGCUGCCACCGCAGAGGGAGGAGCCAGAGGGUAGCCAGACUGAGCCCUCACCAUCUGCCAAACAGCACAAAAAAGCCAAGAAGCGCAAGAGUCUGGGAGCUCCAGUGCUCCCAGCUGUGGCCAGCACAGUGUCUGCACCUCCAGAGACCUUGGGGCUGGAGCGAAAGGCCCAGCGCCUGCGGCCCCUGUACCAGUACAUCAACUAUUGUAAUCCUGAGCUGAAUCAGGCAGGGGAGGGGGACAGGGAGGCUGAGGUGGACGUGGAGCCUGAGUUGGAGUUGGCCCUGGUCCCCGAGGAGGCAGGUGUGGAGCAACUGCAGGCUUUGCUGCCCGUGACAGGUGAGCUGGGGUCAGGCCUCACUCUGCCCUGCCCCAGUACAUUCGUGUCCCCCACCCAUGCACUGGCUCCCCUGGGAGAGGAGGUUGGAGAAGAGCCAGGGUGUUUGCCCAAGUUGGGGAUCAGUGGCUGCCUCAAGGCUGAGGUGGAUAAGUCAACCCAGGUGGACAUCGAUAAGAUGCUGAGUGUUUGUGCCGCCCCACUUGUACCUCCACUCUCUCCUCAGUACAAGUGACUUUCCCGCCUCCACUGGAGUCUCCCCUUCUCCCAAGCCCAAACCAGAGCAGCAGCCUAGGCCUCAGGAGGAGGGGGAAAUUUGGCCCUUCUCCCUACUUGGGGCCUUGG